AUGACAAUUUGGAUACACAGAUAUAGGUUUCCACUGACGAUAAAUUUUGUCAGAGACCAGAACUUUAAGGAUGGAUUAAGAUCUGGAUCCAUAAUCAGUGCAGAAGAGUUGGACAACUACUUCACUAAAUAUGACCUGAAGAGGCUAGAGCUGUAUUCCCAGAACAUGGUAGACUAUCAUCUCAUCAUGGAUUUACUGCCAUCUAUAGCCAGGCUGCACUUCCUAAACAAGACAGGGGUUCACAUCAGUGCAGUACAAGCUGCUAUCUUGGUGUCCAUGGGUCUCCAGCACAAGAGUGUGGAAGAUGUGGAGAAGGACAUGGAGGUGCCGUCCAGUCAGUUACUGGGCUUGUUCAACAGAGUCAUACGGAAAAUGGUGCAGCAAUUCAACCAGAUUGCUGAAGAGGCAGUGGAAAAAGAUAUGGUUGCAAGAAAAGAGGUUAUCAUGGAACCAGUGAAGAAUUCUCUAGAUCAGGAAUUGGGUGAAGCUGCAGCAGAGGUCGCAAAGAAGCAGAAAAAGGAUCUUGAGUUACUAAAAGAUGCAGAUUUGAGCCAGUAUACAAUUAAAGGCAGUGAAGGAGACUGGGAAAAUGCCCUUACGAAAGGAACAAAGGGACUUCUCAGUGUAAAGAGUGGAGUUCAGGAGAAGAGAAAGAGUGUGGACAGCACUAGCUUUGAACAGCAAACACCAGGGAAACACAAAAAACACAAGAAACAAAAACACCAUAAACAUUAACAGGACUACAAAGAAAGUCUAAAUUUAUUUUGUGAGGAUGGCGUAGAAUUAUCUAAGCAGUAGUUAAAACAGUUAAAUAAAUAGAAAAGCCUUUGUCACGCAUUAAUGACAUGACAAUUUGGAUACACGGAUAUAGGUUUCCACUGACGAUAAAUUUUGUCAGAGACCAGAACUUUAAGGAUGGAUUAAGAUCUGGAUCCAGUGAGUGGAGAGCCAGCCUUGUAUUUUGAUGUUAUUUGUCAGCAGCACUGAUGUGAAAUACUAUUUCCAGAAUAAAUAAAUGAUCAUGCUUUUA